AUGUUGAAUAGAAAUCCAUCAUGUAUUGAAGAUCUAGCGAAUGAACUUUGGCUUGAAAUUUUUGAUUAUCUUGAUUGGAUUAAUCUUUAUUCAGCAUUUUAUGGUAUCAACAAACGAAUUAAUCAAUUACUUGAAUACACUUUACUUAUGUUUUACAAUGUUCAUGAUCAUUUUAUUGGUAUUCGAAGAUUUACACUGAAAGACGAGCCAAUACCAUUCGUGAAAUACAACGAUAAUAGUGUUAUUUAUCCACAACGAAUUCUAGCUUCUACUCAUGAUGUUAUUGAUUGUCAUACAUCAACGCCUGCAGACGAAGCUACCUUAUCAAACACUUUAAAUAUGAUUUUGAAGAACACUGAAAUUUUUAACACAAAAAUUGAUGCUAUUCAACGUCAAAUAUUUGAGCAAGCAGAAUACCCAAUACCCCAUCUUUUCAUCGUACUACCAGAAGAAACAGCGUUCAAUCCUUCAACAUGGUUUUGUCAUACAUAUCGUUUGCAUUUUCUAUGUGACUGUGAAAACGAGAAUGAACGUCAUUUUGCUCUACAUGACGGAUAUAAAAUAAGCAAACCACAUGAAUUCUUUCGUAAAUAUGGACCUUAUCUUCGACACAUAUUAACAGUAAUUAAAGGUAUGGCAUGCGUCGGCAGCAUCGUUCUUCCACAACUGUCAUCAAUCCAUAUGGGAUUAUCUAAUUUUACCGCUUUACAAAAAAAGGAAUUCUGUAAUAGUAUUAUUGAUAAAGCAGAGCAAGCAGGUGAGAUUUUAACAAAAGUUGACGAAUGUCUGAAUAUUUCAACAGAAGCAAUAAUUCAAGAAGUAGACGGUGCUACACUACGACAAAUUCGAAGGUAUUUGGAAAAAGUGGAUAAUCAUGAUACGUUAGGAAAUUUAUACCGUUCUAUUACCUCUGAUGGUCAUGUUCGAUGGGUGUGUGUUAAACAUCGCAGUGGACCAUGUUCAAAUGCUAAUAUUCAACAAUUACGAAAAGACUUCCAACAAUUAGGUGGAAAAAUAAAAGACAAUGCUGCGUUGGUGAAGGAAUUACACAAAGAUAAGUUUGAAAAGUUCAUCAAAUUGUUGGAUCAAGGAUUAACAUUCAGUACAAUAAGAUUGGAAAACUUAAGAUUGAAAAAAGAUUUAUUUUCAGAAUUUCUUCAUGUCGUCUCAAUGAAAAAUAAGAUUGAUAAACUUGAACUGGAAAACAUUUUCUUAACAAAUUAUGGAAGAGAUAUACCGAAACGAGACAUAAUUUCACAGCUUAAUAAUACAGUAAAAAGCGUUGGAAACCUUAUCAUUGAAUAUACAUUUACAAGACCAUUGGAAAAAUUUCAAUCAAAAUUAUUUAAUGCUAUCAAAGAAACAAAUUCACGGUUGGUAUUUAAAAUUCGACCAGCAGAAGUAACAUCUUCACUGGAAUUAACUGGAACAAAUGAAGCUGGAUUUACUCUAUUUAUAAAAAGUCAUGACGAAACUGAUGCAGUUAAAUAUUCUUCAGCCAUUAACAAUAUGUUUGAAGAAUUGAAUGUAUCAACACUUCAUCUACACAAUGCAAUUCUUUCCGAAAGUCUUUGGAAUACUAUCCGUGAAUUGGUUGACGAUAGUGAAAAUCUAGAAGAAAUGAUUAUGGACUGUCCUUCAACAUUAAACGAAACUCAAGAAUGGCUCUUUUCUCUUUGUAAAAAUGAAAGCUUAAAAGUAUUACAUAUAAUGAAUGGACCAAAACAAGCGGAUGUUUGUGUAGAAAUUUUUCAAAUGUUGAAAGAAAAAAACACUUUGAAAAAAUUUUCUCUCACGUCUUCUACUUAUUGCCUUCAACUUGAUUUUAUCUUUGCAUCAUCACAAAACAGGUAUUCAACGUUAACUGGAAUUGCUAAAUGGUGUACCAAUAACAAUAGUGAUGUUCUAAUUAUUAAGAAGUUUCUUCAAAUUAUACCAGUUCAUCAUCUGUCAUUAGACUUGGCGGAUAUCAAUUGUGAAACAUCACUUACACAAUUAGCAGAGACUAUUAAUCAACUGCCGUUAUUAAAAAUUCUUGAACUUCAAAGUGAAACUAGCUGUGCAGUUUUUCAUCGAGAAAAACGGAUUUUCAACAGAGAAAGUAGCGUACAUGAAUCUGAGUUGCUACCCCGUGUACAGCAUAGGAAACCUUCUUUACGCAAAAAAUUCAAAAAGUAUCUAUCGUUUCUUAGCUGUAUUAGUCCUAAAUAUUAUCAUUCAUCUCAGAAAGACAGCAGUAAUCCUCCACCACAAAUUUCCAAUGAAAGAGCAAUGCCUGUUGAACCUUUCUCUCACGUUUCCUCAAAUCCACUUUAUAAACAAAUACAAGAAAUUGCACUCAGUUUUACACUAAAACAAUUCCAAAUUACUAUUAGUCCUGAUGUAAACAUAAGUCACAUUGCUUCAAGUAUACAAUCAAAUUCAACAAUAACUCACCUACGAUUUGUUGGACGAAUAGAAGAGACUGUUAUGACGACAUUAAUUAAAGCUUUUCGUAAGAAUACGAUAAUAUCUCAUUUAUCUUUGAAAGAAAUUGAGAUUUCACUUCUUAAUCUUCGUCAAAUCUUCGAUAUGUCCUAUGUUAAUCGAAGAUUACGAGUAUUAGAAAUUCAUCAUUGUACAUCUGAUUUUGAUCGAAAAUUAUUUCAACAAGAAAUUAAACAAGCACGUUCUGAGAAUCGUACUUUAGAAAUUUUUGUUUGA